UUCAAUGACUCGGUCCUCUGUCUCUUUCCCUUCGAAACCCUAGAGCCAUGAGCUGCGUCUUCACUCUAAACCUCGACCCCGCUUCUCUCUCCCUCACCCGAACCCGCUUAAAUGGAGGCGCCACCCGCGGCGGGCUUGCGAGCUCGCCGUUGGUUCCUUUUAGAAGCUCAUGGAAGCGUCUGGAGUGUUCGGCGACGGCUGCGGCGGCGCCGGAGGUGGAGGCAAGGAGGGAGGCGCGACGUUGACAGGAUCGGGAUCGCUGAGUCAAGUCUCGGGGGUGCUGGGAUCGCAGUGGGGAGACGAAGGGAAGGGGAAGCUCGUCGAUAUCUUGGCCGAGCACUUCGAUAUCGUCGCUCGGUGUCAGGGUGGAGCAAACGCUGGACAUACCAUCUAUAAUGCUGAGGGAAAAAAGUUUGCACUUCAUCUUGUUCCCUCUGGAAUCCUUAAUGAGGAAACCUUGUGCGUUAUUGGAAAUGGCGUCGUAGUACAUCUUCCUGGUUUAUUUAAAGAAAUUGAUGGUCUGGAGUCUAAUGGUGUUACUUGCAAGGGAAGAAUGUUGGUGUCUGAUCGUGCACAUUUGUUGUUUGAUUUCCAUCAAGUUGUAGAUGGGCUACGAGAAGCUGAACUUGCAAACUCAUUCAUCGGAACUACCAAGAGAGGAAUCGGGCCUUGCUAUUCAAGCAAGGCUAUCCGUAAUGGGAUCAGGGUUUGUGAUCUGAGGCAUAUGGAUACCUUUCAUGAUAAACUCGAGAUUCUGCUGAAAGAUGCAGCUUUAAGGUUUUCUGGUUUUAAAUAUAGCAAUGAUAUGCUUAAGGAGGAGGUUGAGAAGUAUAAGAGGUUUGCGGAAAGACUGGAGCCUUACAUUGCAGACACUGUUCAUGUUAUGAAUGAAUCCAUUACUCAGAAGAAGAAAAUAUUGGUAGAAGGUGGACAGGCCACCAUGCUUGAUAUUGAUUUUGGAACUUACCCUUUCGUCACCUCCUCUAGUCCUUCAGCUGGGGGGAUCUGCACUGGACUUGGAAUUGCUCCAAGAUGCCUUGGUGAUCUUAUCGGAGUUGUGAAAGCUUACACUAGUCGAGUUGGCUCAGGUCCUUUUCCAACAGAGAUCUUGGGUAAAGGUGGUGAUAUUCUUAGGACUGCUGGGAUGGAGUUUGGAACAACCACAGGUCGUCCUCGACGCUGUGGCUGGAUUGAUAUAGUUUCCCUUAAGUACUGCUGCCAGAUUAAUGGGUUUUCAUCUCUCAACCUCACGAAGCUUGACGUCCUUUCGGAUCUUCGGGAAAUUAAGCUGGGUGUUUCUUAUAAACUACCAGGUGGAAAAAGACUCGAGUCGUUCCCUGCUGAUUUAUCUGUUUUGGAGCAGAUACAGGUAGAUUAUGAAGUAUUGCCUGGCUGGAAUACUGAUAUCUCAUCCAUAAGAAGUUAUAAAGACCUUCCUGAAGCUGCUCGUCGAUAUGUUGAAAGAAUAGAAGAGCUUGUUGGGGUACCAGUUCAUUAUAUCGGUAUUGGCCCAGGUCGUGAUGCGCUUAUUGUCAAAUAAAAUUGUCAAAACUUCGUCAAAGGGAGAAAUUUUGUUUUCCUGACUAUUUAACUAACAAUAAUUUCUCCCAUAUUGUAAUUUUUUCUCUCAAGUGAUGAUGCUUAUUACAAGAUUGGACUAAUGUUGAAAACUUGUUACGAAGCAAAUUUUGGUAGUUAAUUCUAUGCUAUAGACUAUCAUCUGAUUAAU